AACCAAUCCCGGCCAUUCAACUUUGGCGAACUUCCACUAUCUCUCACCACAAUGUCCAUUGACGUCAAGGACAAUUGGACAAUCCAGCCCGGUACCCUGCCUUCUUCACUAGUAUCUUUGACCCUCCUCCCAGACUUUGAGCGAUUUCUUGAUCCCAAUGUCCCCAUCCUGAUACCUGGUUCACUUCCUGGAUCACUGGAAACUCUUUCCCUUCAGGGUUCGAUCAUCGAGCGUUUGAAGCCGGGAUUGCUCCCAUCAUCUCUCAAAUCACUCAAGCUAGACGAUCUUCGUGUUCCACCAACGCUUGGCGAUAUCCCCUCUUCGAUCAUAUCACUAGAGUUUGGCAGUGACUUCAACCAUCCUCUGGGAGUGGGUGUUCUGCCUUCGUCACUCCAGACGCUACACUUUGGCUACACUUUCAAUCAGCAAUUCUUACCUGGAGUGUUUCCACGAUCACUCAAGUCAUUAUACUUUGACGAAGGACUAUUCAAUCAAUCAUUUGGACUUGAUGUGCUUCCACCUCACCUGACAACACUCUCGCUGCUGUCAAGAUUCAACAAAACAAUCAUUCCUGGAUCUUUGCCCAACAGCCUGGUCACUCUUCAGUUUGGCAAGAUAUAUGGAACCAUUGAUCUAGAUGUGCUCCCAACUUCUCUCACAUCUCUGACAUACGAAUUUAAGGGUACCUUCUCUUUGAGAUAUUCUUUUGAACUUUAUACAUAUAGUCUACUUGUCUCGUGGCCUCCUUCACUCCAAACUAUGGUCGUUGGUGAUCUGUGGCGGUUUAACUAUCAUGAGCCCAUACCCAUUCCACCAAGCGUUACAUCAUUGUCAAUUCAACUUGUACAACAAGAGCAUCUUAGAUUACUGUCAAAGUCAUUGACAUAUCUUGACCUUGGACAUACUUUCAAUAGUCCAAUCACACAAGGAUCAUUGCCACCAUCACUAGUCCAUCUGAUAAUUGGAAAUGCAUUCAAUCAGGUGUUGCCAACUGGAGUGCUACCCGCCACUCUGACCGACCUUUCUCUUGGGGAUACAUUUAACCAGGCUUUGCCCAUUGGAGUGUUGCCACCAUCUCUCAAAUCACUAGGUCUGGGACGUCAUUUCAAGCAAGGAUUGAAACAAACAUCACUUCCAGGAACAUUGCGAACUCUGUCAGUGGACUCACGGGGCCAGACCAAGUAUGUUACUUUACCAACUUCAUCAUUCAAGUCUGACCUCGAUUUGUUGGAGGUGAGGACUGGAUUCUUUUGGACAAACAUGGCCACAAAGAACAAGGCAAGUUCAAUCAAGUUGUUGCGAAUCAAACAAUAUAAGAGAACAUAUGAGAGGAGCCAAGCCCAUAUCAUCGGACCAAUGGUUGUGUCAUUCCCCAAUGUACACACGUUCGACGUCACCUUCCACAUUCACCGAAGCAAAGAUUCUCUUGAUUUUGACCUCCCUCUAAAGUUACCAAUUGAUUGCGACUUAUUAUACAGAAUCCAAGUUCGCCGAAUCCACCAUCAACUUGCUAUUUGCCUUAUCUACAAUCAUCAUUAUCUUAUCAAAGAUCCUAAAUUUUGUUUGAGAAUACUAGACUUGUCUCGAUACGAUGGCAGUCGUCCUAGUUGUCCAAGUCCUGCUAUCCAUACAUUCAAC